AAAGCCUCUCUCAUCUUUAUAGAUGUUAUAUCCUUGUUCUGUCGUUCAUCGUUAGCCGGUUGCAACUAUGGCGGUAGGCACUAUGUUAUCUAUCGCUGGCACAGGAGCCGGCACCGCAACUGAGUUUUUCGGCGAGUUCCGGCAUCUGUGCCGUGUUGAAUCGAAGUUCCGUCAAAGACCCAAAAGGAUUUCUGUGUGCAAAUGCAUGGAUGGGAAUAAUUUUUCCCACCACAAUUGCAUUUGGAGGGUACCCAGUACCAGAAAAUUUAAUUUCAAGACAAGGGACUCGUAUUUGGUUAUGGCAAUUGGCAAAGAGAAUGUAAGUGAAGAUACAGAUGAUACAUAUGAUGACUUGUUUAAUAAAUUUGGAAAGGUGGUGUUCAGGAGAAAAGACCAAAAGCCUCACAGUGAAGAGGUUGAUGAUGAUGCUGAAAGCUUAUCAUUUGCUGUGGCUAUGGCCAAGGUUGCCAGCGAGGUCAAGGCAGCUGAUAUAAAGGUCCUCUUUGUGAAGCCUCUUGUGUAUUGGACUCGAUUUUUUAUCAUUGCCACAGCAUUUUCUCGCCCUCAGAUUGAUGCUAUUGGGUCAAAAAUAAGAGAUCUAGCUGAGAAGAAGUAUGGGAAAGUUCCAUCUGGGGACUCAAAACCCAACUCAUGGACCUUGUUGGACUUUGGUGACGUAGUAAUCCAUAUAUUUCUUCCUCAACAAAGAGCUUUCUACAACUUGGAAGAAUUUUACGGUAAUGCAACAUCCAUUGAGCUGCCUUUUGAAAACCAACCGCCAUUUCGUAGUUGAAACGUUUCUAAUUUUAUUAAAUUAUUAAAGGGUCCAUUUUAGUUGCUGCAACUUCCAGCUCUUUGUAAAGACCCCUUCAUAUUUUAAAAGUCGGCAUUAUUUAUAUUUCGUCCGACUCCGAUUCAUGUACAAUAUGUCUUUGUAGUUUGUAUUGCAAUCCAUUAGGAAAAAAAAAAAAAAAAAAUCAGAGAAA